AUGAUACCCGGUACUUUAUCAUGGAAAUCUUUCCACGCGAAAUUGCCGACCGGCCCAACAAACUGGACCACUUUAUACACAUCCAACACCCAUCUCCGGAUGCCACUACCACCGACUGCCUCUCAAUUUCAUUCGACUUCAAUCUACCAAGCUAGAAAACCGCGCGAACGUAAUCGCCCCAAACCACCGAUUCACCCCUCCGUACCGUCUUUCAAACUGUCACCAAACGAACCUUCUCAUGUAGCCUCUUCUCGGCGAAAGUUACUCGGCAUCAAGAGCCAGAAAAACUUAGACGAAUUCGCCUGGAAGCACGAUUCUUCUCAAAACGUCCUCCGUCGAAGAGACGGAGUAACCGGCAAGUUCGUCCAUGCAAAAGUCGAUUGGAUUGCGGACCCCAAACGGAAAUUCCUCAAAGCGAAACAAGAAGAAAAAAUCAUGAAAGAAGAUAAGGAAUACGUUGACAAGAGGAAGAAAGAUUUCGAGACGCCGACGGAAGAGGACGAUAAAAUGGAACAAAAACUAGCCUCAGAUCCACCCAAACAGAUGUGGAAGCUUCCGGUUCAAGAAAUCAACCGGGGUGCACCUUCACUCGUCCACGACUACGGUAGGGAAGAACAUCGGCUAUACACUCAUGAGCAAAGAAAGUCUUUCUCUGAGAUGAGAGCGCGCGCAUUUGAACACGAAAAAAAGAGACUAGAAGUCCUCAGUCAGGGGGCCUCUGCGUCUUCCAUUAUAGCCGAUCAUGACUUUUGGGAUUACGAGAAGAACAUUCGGAGUCCAUUAUACGAUUACUUUCGAGGUGGUCAAAUAAUGGAAGAGUGCUCGGUGUCAGAUGCCAGAUAUUCGCACUGGUCCGUCGCCCAAUUACGCAGGAAAUCGUUUGAGGAUCUCCAGGCUUUAUGGUUUAUACUCCUGAAGGAACGUAACAUCUUACUAGUUCAACGCACAGAAGCUCGAAGGAUCUUUGGGAGACUAGUUGAUCCUAGUAACCCAGGAGAACCUUUAUCAACAAUUCGCAGGCAGAUAAAAGCGGUCCAAUAUUCGAUGAGAAAUAUCAAAUCAUAUCUCGAGAUACUUGACCCUAUCCUACUCAAGAUCAAUUAUUAG